GCAGCUAACUUUAACUUCUUUUUCUGUUUUGUUUUUUGUUGGUAGUGGGAGUGAAAUUCGAUGACAACCUGUUGAAACAUUUGUGUUGUUCAUUCUUUUUAAGUCACUUUAUUUUUCUGCUUUAAACUAUCGUAUUAUUUCAGCUAAAAAUCUUUUUAUUGAUUUCAUAUUUCUUUGUCUUUACGUUCCUUUACUAUUACUUCAUCUCAUAAAUAUGGUUAAUGAUAGAUUGGGCGCCCUGAAAGCUGCUUUGAAUGAAAACUAUGAAGCUAACAAUGAAAUCACCAUUAAUAUGGAUGGAAAUGAAUCAUUUAUGUCAGACUUUUUCAAUGAGGUGGAAGAAGUGUCAAAUUGUCUUGAUAAGAUUAUUUCUACUGUCGAAGAAGUGAGGAAAAAGCACAGUUUUAUACUCUCAGCUCCUUCAACUGAUGAAAAAGUAAAGAUGGAUUUGGAAGACCUGAUGGCUGAAAUCAAAAGAUUAUCGGGGAAAGUGCGGCAAAAAUUAAAAUUUAUGGGACAAAAUAUUGAGCAGCAAGAACAUGUUAAUAGUACCUCUGCUGAUUUAAGAAUUAAAAAAACUCAGCACACAGCUCUUUCAAGAAGAUUUGUGGAUGUCAUGUCUGCUUACAACAAUACGCAGACAGAUUACAGGCAGCGUUGUAAAGAUCGAAUCCAACGUCAGCUUGAAAUUACUGGGAACUCUAAAACUGACAGAGAAAUAGAAGAAAUGCUUGAAAGUGGCAACCCAGCAGUGUUCACUCAAGGAAUUGUUAUAGAAACUCAGAAAGCUAAACAAACAAUGGCCGAUAUAGAAGAUCGACAUGCAGAUAUAAUUAAGUUAGAAAAAAGCAUUAGAGAGCUGCAUGACAUGUUUGUUGACAUGGCACUUCUAGUUGAAAAUCAAGGAGAAUUGAUUGAUCGUAUUGAAUACAAUGUUCAAAAUGCUGUAGACUUUGUUGAUAAUGCUAAAACCGAUAUUAAUCGAGCUGUAAGAUAUAAGAGCAGAGCCCGCAAAAAACUCAUCUUUAUCAUUAUUUGUGUUCUCAUUGUGCUUCUUAUAAUUGGUUUGGCUAUAGGCUUCAGUGUUUGAACUUUUUUCUGGAUGUGGGUAAUCAUCAAUAUUAGUCUGGAGGAGGAAAAUAAUCACUUCUUAAAACAUCGAUUAUGAAAGGAAAGUCGCUAUCUUUAUUUUAAAGCUUUAAUUCUUUUCCGUUUCUGUUAAUAUAAAAACCUGCACUCCAGAUCUUUUACAUUCUUAGUAUGUAGCUUUUUUUUAAAAAAAUAAAUUGUAUUUUUAUAUAAAUAAUUCAUUCAUCAGUAAAAAUAGUUUUAAAAUUUUUUAAGUAUAAGAUCAUAAUUCAUUACAAUAAUAGCUUUUUAAAAUGAUUCAUAUACAAAUGUUAUUGCCAAAAAGUUGCCUUUGUAUACAGGAUAGUUGUUAAAAAAGUAUUAUUGUUAUAACAAUUAAAUAAUCCUCAGUACAACUAGCAUGUAAUAAAAAUUGUUCAUUGGGAGGGAUCUUAAGCAUAACAUAACUGUUUUUAUCUUUCUCAUUUUGUUUUCAAAUAGUAUAUUAUUACAAAGAUGCCACAUAUUGAAAAAUUUUAAAUGCUGCAUGAAAGUCCAUUUUUUUUUUAAAUUUUCUGGUUUGAUUUUGUUUAUCUGUGUAGGACCCUUUGUUUUAAUAACUAUUAUGAAAUUUAGUGGCUUAUCUUUUCGUAUAUGGACAAAUUUAUUUAUCCGAAUAUCAAAUUUGUAGAGCAUUUCCAAAUUUUGUUUAAUAAUCUACUAAGUGUUUUCAUUUAUUUAUUUAUUUAUUUUGUGUGUGUGUGUGAGGAAAAUGUAAUUUUUUUAACUAAUAAAUAAUAACUCGUCAAUAUUCAUAUUUAUACGUGUUUCUAAAACUACGCAUCGCAAUUCAGACUCACGCGAGCUAAAAAUUGUACAUCAUCAUACCUGUCAAGUCUCCUGUUUUUUAGUGAAGACUCCUAUAUUUUACGACUAUCUCCUGUUUACCUGAUUCUCAAAUUUCUCUGUAUUUGUUGAAUAAAUUUUAAAAAAAAAAUUUUUGGGUCAUAAAAUAUUUGCUGAUGGCAAAAAUACUUCUCUUAUUCGUCAAUAGAUAAUUCACUACAGUAUGUUGAGUGUUAAUAGUUUGAAAAAUUAUAAAUAAAGGUUCAAAAAAAUCUUCUUUAGAUUAAGAUUUAUAUACAUAUUUUUUACUCACUAAAUGUAAGUGCUUAUAUUAUUUCUAAUUGUGAAUUUCUCCUUUUGACUAACUUGAUUAUAUAUGAUGUAUCUAAACUUUACUCAUCAACAACCUGAAAAAUAUCGCUAGUAAAAUUUCCGUUGUUUUAUUUCAUUAAUGUUUGGAGGUAGGCAUCAUGAUUCGUGUUUACUCAAUUUUAAGAAAUUAAUAUUGUCGUUUGUACUUUCGCUUUUUUAAAAUCUAAUAUAGCGAUUUUUGUAAGAAGUAAAUUUUUUUAAAAUUAGUUACUAUAAAGGUGUGACAGUUCUUUAUUAGUAUGUAAUUUAAUUAUAAAUAUUUGUUCAAAGAACUACGUUAAAUAUGAAUUAUGAAUGUGGUAUAUAAAUUGAUAUCUUGAUUUAGAUUUCUUACACAUAAAAUUUUUGCAGUUUUCCACUUAGUAUCAUAAUCACCCCGGAGAUUGUAUUUGAGUAUUAGUUAUAUUUAUACCUCUCAGUAUUUAAUAUUGUAUGAAGAUAAGUCCCAAGAAUAGCUAUUUCAAAGAGAGGGAAAAAAAUGAGAUUUAAGGAAACUGGAUCUAUGAUGCUAGAAUAGCAUAUAUAUUUUUCACCAAUAUUAGUAAAACUUUUACAAGGAAAAUUUUUUUGGCCAACAUUGUUUUAACUAUUAUAAAUUACCUACACAUGUGAUUUCUCACAAUAUAUUGACUUUUAUAGAUCAUGAAUUUUGCACCAUGUUUUUAAAAUGGGGCUAGACAAAAAGCUUAUUUUCUGUCCUUGCACAAGGACUUAACACUUGAUUUUUUUUUUUAUGAAUAAAUUAAGUUGUUAUUUAAGAAUUUACAAGGUGAAUUUGAGAAGUGCAAUAAGAAGUUAUGUUAAAUGAAGGAAACAAAGACAUACAAACAAAAUAGAUUUAAAGGACAUGCAAAAUAACAGCUACAUUAGCUACAACAAACUUUUUACUUAUGCUUUACUCACUAUUUCCACAAUGUUCACUAAAAUUACAUGUCUCUUUGUGUUUGUGUGAUAAAGUUAAACUUGAUGUUUGCACGUUACUAAAUUUCACAGUGACAGGUUUUAGUGAUUUAAUUAUUUGGACAUAAGACCGGAUUAUUGGCCAUGUCUCUCUUUGCUUCUGUGCAAGUGCAACUUCUUAAUCAGAAUGGUUUGUCAAUUAUUGGACCUUUUACCAAACUUUUUAUGCAUACCUUGUAUAUUACAGUGAUCACCUGGUGACUGACAUUGAUUUAAAAAAAUACCUUUACUAAUGGAAUUUUUUUUUUAAUGUAACUGUAAGCUAAGCUCUAUAUGAGUCAUUGCAUUUAUCAAAACUCUAUGCUUUUUUUUCUCACUUGAUAGCUAAUUUUUUCAAGCUUAUGGAAUUGUGUCUAUAUUUUUAACAUGCUAGUUGUUUCUGGGAUUUAUGUAUAGUAUUUAAUAUAAGCUAUGCCGUCCAUUAAACUACAUGAUAUAAAUAAAAUUGUUGUUAUUUAAUACAAUUUUGAAUUUAUCUCUUUUGUAAUAUUAAAUAUUUACAUUGUAAAGAUUUAUAAAAUGUUUAUAUUGUUAAUUUUUAGAAACUUUUAUAUGAAGCUUAUAGGGCAUUAUAUGUCGAAACAAAGUAGUAUGUAGACAAGAACGAUUUGUUCAAUUUUGGAUUUAGUUGCAUUUUUAAUCCUUGUACUUAACAUUUUGUAUAAUUUUUUUUUUUGUUAUUCAUUUUGUUAAUUUGUACUUAAAAUAUUUUUCUUCAACAGGGCUCCCACGAGUAAGGGAGAACAGAAAAAAACUGAAAUUGCCAGGGAAUUUAAUUUUAACUCUAAAAAGCAGGAAAUUGUCAGGGAAAGUUCCUAUAUCAUACCUAGAAAAUAGCCAAUCUUAGAAUUGUCAGUAACAGUAAUUAAUUUUUGAGGUUACAGUUAAAUAAUUCUAACAUCCACUGCAAUUAUUUUAUAAAAAUUCCACUUUUUAGUGAACAUUUUACAUGUGUCCGUUCUCAUUCUAUUAUAUUUUUUGCUCAAAAUCUAAUAUUUGGCAUUACAAAUAAAAACAUUACAUUUUCAUUGAAAUUUACUUGAUAUACCUAGAAAAGUCAGGAAAUUUAUUUUCUAAAAUUGAGUGGGAACCCUGUUAAAUUUUUUAAAUAGGUAUAUGGUAUUGAUUUAUAGUGAAGUGCAAAUAAUUCUAGUAUUUGAAGUUACUAAACUUUAAGUUAAAUAUAACUUAAAGUUCAACAUAUGAUAAUAUGUUGAACUUUAGUAAAUAUAUCUAUAUAUUUUUAGUAAAUAAAUAAAGUAUAUCUUCAUUAGUGAAUAUUUUUUCCUUAUCAGGUAUUUUCUUCUGAAAUCUAACUAGUUAUUAUUUCAAAUCAGAAAGUUAAAAUUUUUAUGGCAAAUAGAGUAUUUAACUGCUUCCCUUAUCCCAAAUUAUCUUGGGUUGAUAAAAAAUCAAUCAGUUAAUUGUUAUUAAAGUAAUUAAUUACUUAUCCUAGCAGAAAUUUUUUCUAUAUUUGUUUUUAUCUCAUUUUUACUUAGAAAAAAAAAUAUUUUGCUUUGAUCGGACGUUUGUUUGAGGCUUUUAUGUUGGAUAGUGAAACUGAAGACUAUUUUGGUCAAUUGUAUAUACAACGUUAUGGCUAAUGGAUAACUAAGAAUAGUUAUGUUGAGGAGUUAUGAAAAUAAUGAGGGCAUGCAAAAGAGAUGCAUGUGAUUUUUCAGACGAUUUUGAAUCAACUUGAAAUUAUUCUUCUGUGAGUAGCUUAAAAGACUAUUUAAUGAUCAAACCCCUCUCCCCAAGUUUGCCAAAAAUAACUUUUGAUGAUAAAACUAAAAGUAUUUUCUCCUGUAAAAAAAUAUAAAAAUUGAACUUAAAACUAAAUAUUAUAUUUAGUUUCAGCUUCUUAUAUUUAAUAAGGAAUAAAAAAAUUUAAGAUUUAUUUGCUUUUUUUUUGCAAAAAAAAAAAAAUAGUUAAAGGAAGCAGUUAGACUUAUCUCUAUUUUCUUUGCUAAUUUGUCGUUAAAGGGAAAAAAAACUACUUAAACUUUCUGUUAACAUGUUUUUGCUCAAACUAUUCAAAUAGUUAUACCGCUUCUUCGAGUUAGGAGGAAAAUGUUUGAACAAUUUUAUUUAUUUAUUCUUUUUUAAUAAAUGUACACUGUUCUUAUUUUUACUAAGCCUUUCCUUCUGAACAGUUUUUAUUUAAUUUUAAUUCCCAACCCUUUCGUUUUUAAUUUUGUGAAUUUAUGUAAGAUAAAAUGCUAAUGUUUAUCAUGUAUGAAAUAUUUUCCUUGAAAAUAAAUGUUUAAUUUUCUGAAAAGGAAACUUCUUGAAAAAUUAUAUCUAUAUUUUUUUUCUUCAAUUUUAUCAGUAUUUUAAUUAAGAAGAUUCCAGUACAUUUAUUACAUUACAAAUAUAUCUACUUCUCUAUAAUGAAAUAGAAAUUUUAUCUAAAAGAUAUUUUCCUUCUUUUUAAAGUCAGUUUGAUAUACAUCACUAGUCAUUUUAUGUUUGUGUUUGUUAAAUUUUUAUUUAUCCUCAACUAUUUUCUUAGACUAGCUUAGCUUAAGAUUUUGUCAGUCUGAUUUACAUUUCAUUUAAUCGCUUCUUUUUUAUGGCAUGCCUGUUUAAUAUAUUCAUCGUUAUUGUUUCUAGUAAUAUUUUAUUUUGAUAUGCAGAUUCGGGUUCCUAAGAUUUCAUGGUGCUCCUGAAUAAAAUUCAAUGUAUAUCCUGUUAAAUUUAUUAGUAGUUAUAAUUUACUUACAUUUUUACAAUAUUUAAAGAAUAUAUGUUUUUUAUUAGUUUUUACUUGAACUUCUGAAAAUUAGGUAAUAACAGCAUGGCUUCUUUUCUGUAUUUUAUACUGCUGAGAAUACUACUUUUCGGUGCAACUACAGUCUACUAUUAUUUUUUAGUGUUUUGUUAAGUUCUUAUAAAAAUAAAUCUACCAGUCUAUUGGAAUAAUGUUUGUUUUUUUUCACCUUUUAGGACAGCUCUGUGUUUUGCGGCCAAAUGCAGGCUGACUAUCUUUUACUUUAAAACUACAUCUGAAAAAAAUAAAUAUUAAGUCAAAUUGAAAAACUUAGUGGAAAACAAUAUUAAGUUAAAUUUUUGGGUAUUUUAAAAAAUAAUAAUAAUCGGCUUUUAAACAAAGAAACUUGAAUCUAUUUCCAAAAUAUUUUUUCUAUUAAUAAUUAUGAGUUAUGGCAAAGUAAAUUAGUAUUCUGUAGUUAUAGUUGACUAUAAAUCUGUCAAAUGGAGUGUUUUCAAAAUCGCAUGUAGUAUGUUCUUUGUGAAAUAAAAUGUUAAGUGACAUUUUGAUGAAUGUGAGAAAUCAAUUUUAAAUAUAAAGAAACUAAAGAAAACUGUUUACAAAAUGUAUUUUCUAUUGAAAACUGUCAGUUAUGCUAGAGUAAAUUAGUGUUAUAUAUUUACUGGUUUAAAAUAACUUGUAAAUAUAAAACACUAAUUAGUUAUUUAGGUUAUUAUUAGCUUUAAAAUAACCCAUAAAUAUAAAUCAAAAUCUUUAAUUAAUAUGCUCCUUAUAAAAGAAAAUGUUGACUGAUACUUCAGUAAAAGUGAGAAAAAUAAUUUUAAAUGCAAAGAAACUAGAAGUUGUCUAAAAAAUAUUUUUUUCUAUUCAAAAUUGUUAGUACUGUGAGUAAAUUAGUGUUUUAUAUUUACAGGUUUUAAAUGGCCUAAAAAUAUAAAACACUUUUUAGUAUAUGCAUAUAUACCUAAAAGUUUGCAAAAUCUCACUUAACACAUUCUUCCACUAAGCUUUUUUCAUAAUUUGUUAAGUGAAAAUUGAUCUUAAUUGUUUGUUAGUACAUUCUCUUAGCACAAUACUUCAAAAAAAUAUAUUUUUUUGCAUUUAUUGUAUUUGAGUUAUUUUUGCUUUAUGUUUUUUUUUUCGAAGAAUAUAAUUUAGGUACAUAUCCUAGUAAUUUUUUAUUGCCUUAUUGAAAUCGAUUUGAAAGAAAAGAAAAAUGAGUGGUUGACUUUUUGAUUGUGUGUGAAGUGUGAAUUUUUUAUAUGAGCUGUGAUAUGAUACAUUUUAAGUUAUGUUUUAAAAUAAGCUGUUGCACUGAUCUCUAUUUACCAACUUGUAUGCAUGUGUAAAUAACAUCUAAAUCUUUUUACUGUACAUUUUGUGGCUAAAAAUACUAUUUUCUGUGCGAUAAUUUUUAACCAUUUCUAAAAUAAAACUUUGAUUUAUAUCUUA